CGGCAGCGCGCACGCGCGGCGUGGAGCGGGAACCAACAUGGCGGCCGAACGCAAAACCAAGUUGUCCAAGAACUUGCUGCGCAUGAAGUUCAUGCAAAGAGGAUUGGACUUGGAAACCAAGAAACAACUUGAAGAGGAAGAAAAGAAAAUCAUUAGUGAAGAACACUGGUACUUGGAUUUGCCAGAGCUGAAAGAGAAAGAGAGUUACAUAAUAGAAGAGCAGAGCUUCCUGUCGUGCGAAGAUCUUCUCUAUGGAAGAAUGUCAUUCAGAGGAUUUAAUCCUGAGGUUGAGAAAUUAAUGCUUCAAAUGAAUGCCAAGAACACAGCAGAAGAAGUUGAAGAUGAAACGGUGGAGCUUGAUGUAUCAGAUGAAGAAAUGGCUAGAAGAUAUGAGACCUUGGUGGGAACGAUUGGAAAAAAGUUUGCCAAGAAGAGAGAGCGUGCCAAUUAUGAAGAAGAUGAGAAUGGAGACAUGAAGCCCAUCAAAACAAAAAAAAUGUUCCUGAAGCCCCAAGAUUGAAGUGGACACCCCAAGUUACAGCUCAGGGAGCACCUCACCUGGGGACUCUUCUGGUGGUGUGUCUAUGGUGAUUCAUACUGCAGUAUUUAUUGGUGAAGAGAUGUGUCAUGUUUUUGAAAACAUGCUGUUUUUGAGACACUUGUAGUGGAUGUCAUACAUCCUUUUCUCAGUGAUGUUCAUCACGAGCAGGUCCCUGACCCUCGGUCUUGCCGCAUCCAUAGGUACUGGUUUCCUGGAGGAUUUUUUUUUAACUUCAGAUUCUUUGUUUAAUGUAGUUCUCCAGUGCCUGCCCUUGAAUUGACUGAUAGACUUUGCUACCAAUAUUUAUGUUUUAUGUUAUUAAUCAUGUGAAGUCAGUUCAUACAUACAUUUUAAAAUCAAUCUGUUAUUUGUAAAAUUAUUGAAAACAGCUUCUCCAUCCUGUAGAAUUUGUAUGCUGCCAGGUCAUUGUUAGUUUAUGCUGGAAGGAGUUUUGUUUAAAGCAUUUAAUAUAAAAUUCGGUGUGUAAUAAAUACCUAUUUUCACAUUUUA